AUGCCAAUAAAACUUCCUGAACAUUUAUACAAAUUGUAUAGAGAUAAAAACGAUGAUAUUGAAAUAUACUCCGUGAAAUUGACCGAUUCGGCCCUCAGAGCUCUUGAUAAUUGUCAGUCCACCCCAGUCAAACUUUCCGUCAACGGGUCUCAAGGUACGCUUUCAAUUCCAUCCAAACAAAACUGUGUGUCUUAUGAUCUGAACAUUUCCCCAUUUCACCAAAGCGUUGAUGCAACUACUGAUGUUAUCCAGUUAUCAGGAUCCCGAGCGAUAAAUCUUGGAAAGUCAGUAUCUAAACUUACCGUUCAGGCCAAAGCCGAUAGCUUUUCUGCCGCUAAGAUGAAAAUGGCUGAGGCCGAGGAUCAAAGAAAGGGCUAUGCCAAAGCAAACAUUAUGCCAAAUAACAAACGUGCAAAUAUACGCGAUCCAAAUCUCAAGUCCCGAUCUAUACUCACUCCUCCCCCUCGUAAUGGAGAAAUUCGAAAAUCUCCCACAACUCUUGCUCGAAAUUCCAGUCCUUUAGCAAAUAAAAGUCCUGUUAAUACUGAUGUGGCAUCACGUUCACUAAGAGAUCGUAUCAUUCAUCUGCUAGCUGUACAACCAUAUCAAAGACCCGAAUUGCUCUUAAGGCUUAAACGUGAUGGCCUAACGGAUGAACAGAAGGAUAAAGUUGAUGCUAUAUUAGGCAAGGUUGGACGUACUGGUCGUCAGGGUGAAUUCCACCUCUCCCCAGCCUUCAUCAAUUUAGUUGAAGCCAACUGGCCCGGUUAUUCUCCCUCUGAAAGGUCCAAUGUUGCUUCACUCAAAGCGAGAGUUUCGACUAGUUCUCCAGGUAGUCGACUUUCCUUGGAUGGGGCACGUGUGACUCCAACUAGCCAAAAGAAUUCACCCCAAGCCAUCGCCCCCCCUCAGCCUGCGACUUCUGUUGCAGAGGAGAAUGAUUUUGGUAGGAAACCGACUCGUGCAAGUGCUCCCGCUGCUCCCCAUCCCCUGGUAAAAAAAAUAGCUGCUCUCGAUCUUCUAGCCUCGGGUCUUUCCUUACCUAUCGUUGCAUCUCGUUAUAACAUCCCUAUCGGUGUGCUAGAGAAUUGGAAAAAGAGCGAACAGUCGCUUAGAGAGAGAUAUGCCAAUCGUCGCAAGUCAGCAAUUCCCCAGCCCAUGGUUGAACCUUUCUCUUCUUUUCAGCAGGAUGAUGCCAUGGCUGCCAAGACUUCUAUGAGUCAUGGUGCUACUACCAUCGCUGGUCACCCUGAAUCGGAUCUUAAUCGCAAUGGAGGCGCAAUUUCGAAACCCUCUUCACCAAAGCGACCACGACUUUCAUCCUCAUCUAAUGAGAGUGGUAUUCACUCGUGCAGCCCCAUCAACACAAACUACGGAAAUGGUCUUCAACAAUCUGCGUCUUCCACAACCAAGCGUUCUAGUGCUACUAUUCCUGCUCAGCCACUACCCAUUGUGAAUAAACCAACAUCCAACACUUCUAUUUCUUUCAAAGACCCCUCUCCUCCAAGUACAAAUAAAGGGCCCUCUCCUGUUGCUGCCACGUCUCGUAAACGCACCUAUGAUGCCACACUCAAUGAUGGAGAAGAAUAUUCUAGAAGGAGCAAUGUUCCUGCACCCGCGCCGCUUACUUCUACCUCAAGACAUUUGAAUGGCGGUGGUUGCGGUAGGCGGACAAAUGACCGUGGAAGCGAGUCUAGCUUCUGUAUGGACAGUUCUAGCCCUCCCGGUGAGGCUACUAGCCCCGUUUCCCAAUUCUAUGCUCGUGGUUCAAUGGCUGACUCAAAUAAGAUGGCUGGUGACAAAGUCCAGCGGUUCGAUGCUGGGUCCAACGAAGAAAAAGCUUCUGACGCUUCUUCUGAAGAUGACUCACUAUACAAUGAAAUUUCUAAUCAGAGUGCUAAAAUUGAGAGGCAAUAUCCACCAAUUACCAAUGCUAGACAAGCGGCAAGCUAUCGGGAGACCUUUGAGUCGGUCUAUCCUCAGUACUUGAGACUACAUGAGCAGUACCGGUUAGCUUGGGAUAAGGUGAUAACCCUUAAGCACCAGAUAAUGGCUCUUAAUGGCGCUCAAGACAAUCAGAAAAUGUCCAUACUGGCUAAAGAGUUGGAUGAUUUUCUCAACCGGAUGAGAAAACCCGAGAGACGAGAGGAAGAAAUUAAGCUCCUGGUCAUGUCGCAUAAACUCCAGCACUUGAAACACCAAUUAGCUGAUUAUACCGCUAGGUUGAAUGCAAGUGCCAAUGGGGAAUCGAACUCGUCUUCGCUACGGGCCGGGGCUUCUGAUUAA